AUGAACAUCUCAUAAGACAGUGAUGCAGGCCGGUAUAAGGGGAGCAGAGAGUGAAAUUAUGAUUUUAUGAUAACAGUAGGCUUCGUUUGGAGGCACUUUCAGUUGCAGAAAUGAAGAUCUGGAGCACGGAGCACAUAUUCAGCUACCCUUGGGAGACCGUGAUCAAAGCAGCUAUGAGGAAGUAUCCCAAUCCAAUGAACCCUAGUGUUGUUGGAGUGGAUGUUCUUGAUAGGAACUUGGACUCAAGUGGACGUCUUCACAGUCAUCGGCUCCUGAGCACGGAGUGGGGUCUUCCAGGGAUUGUCAAAGCGAUUUUAGGGACAAACCGAACCAUCACAUAUGUAAAAGAGCAUUCCAUUGUGGACCCAGAAGAAAAGAAAAUGGAGCUUUGCUCAACAAACAUAAGCCUAACAAAUUUAAUAUCUGUGGAUGAAAGGCUUGUCUACAGGCCUCAUCCAGAAAAUCCAGACGUCACUGUAUUAACCCAAGAAGCGAUUAUCACAGUGAAGGGGGUCAGUCUUAGCAGCUAUCUCGAGGGACUGAUGGCUCUAACGAUGUCAGCCAAUGCAAGAAAGGGAUGGGAUGCCAUUGAGUGGAUAAUCCAAAACUCUGAAAGGGAGAAUCUCCCUCUAUGUGACCUGUGUUGAAACGUUUCAUCUAGCAUCUGUUUUUGAGACCAUGAAUGAAGACCACAUGAUCAGGAGUGACAUAAGCAGCACCAGAUCUGGAACCUGGAAUGGGCCUGCCUGACUUUACCCCAGCUUUCUUUGUGUUGAUGCUUGUAUGAAGUGUGUCAGGGUAGUCAGAAGUGUUCAUUUAUGCACUGAUGUGAAAAGGAUUUAAAACCUCAUAAUAUUGCACUAUUACAGAAGGAACUGUUUAGAGUUUUGAAUGUCGUUUUAAAUUACGAAUGCACUGACUACCUCUUAUUUUAGUGUUCUUUUAAUGUGACAACAGGGGUCCCAGUAUCAAUUGGAUCUUUAUUUGUAACUGAGCACCUUAAAGUUCAGAAUAAUAGUUGAACUUUUGGUGUGUUCUUAAUCUUUUUUUGUGUGUGUGAUUUGGAGGUGGUUUUGUCAAAAACAUCUUGACUUUGAUUCUAUCUCAUUUUUUCCUCCACAUUUUUGUUUCUGAAAGUUAAGGUUUGCAUGAGUUUUAAAAGUGUAAUUUACCUAUAAUGUUUAGCUAAAACAUGUAGGAUAGGUACUAUAACUUAUCAAAAGUCUGUUUGUAGUGUUAACUAAGAAAGUCUUUCUUAAACUAAGUUUAUGCUGCUUUAUAAUUUAUUUAGUUGUCAACACAGUUGUGAGGCUUUUUGUUCAUUUAUGAGCAUUUAUGUUUAAAAAAACAACAAAAGUGUAUUUAUUCUUUUAUUCUUAUAAUACAGCUGUGGUUUAGUAUCCAAAGCAUGGUUUAUUGAUUUUUUGUGGAAAAGUAUUACACAAUAUGUUUGUUAAAUUAUGAAUAAUGAAUGGUUUAUUGUCUUUGAAAGUUCUCAUUAUAUUAAAUUCAGUAUAAGGACUUUAAAGUUUUGGACAAAUUAAAUUAAUUUAUGUAAAUAUGUUAAAUAUAUUUAAGGCAUAUUAGAGCCUUCUAUUGGUGAGAAAGUUUACAUGAUGAAAAAGUAUUUUAAAGGAGAAAUGUGUAACAUUGACAUCAAGCGUUUAAAAUGGGUACUGCAGAAUGUCAAAUUGUGUUGUGCCCAGACUCCAAGCUCACGCGGGUUGCCAGGUGGAGGACACACAACAGGAACGAGCAAACUGACAAUGGCCAGCCACGAGCCUUACACUUUAUGUAUUUUAUUUAAAACUCUUUCAAUGUUCGCUGGAUGUAUUGCUGGCUUUCAUGGUUGAAGCGUGGUGUGUUUGCCCGCUAACUUGAUUCAAACCUGGCAACCCGGGUGUCGAAUUACUAUUGGGCAGUGGACGGGAUCACAGGCCAAAACACAAACAGACAUUAAAAAAGUAGAAUAUGCUGGCCGUAGCAUUGUUUUCGGAGAAGCCAGUAUUUCAACUUUGCAUGUUUCCUAAAUCUCUGAUAACAUAUGAUAAUUUUAUGCUUUAGUACAGUAAAAAUAUUACAUAUUGCACCUUUACUAGUUACUUAAAUUAUGCAUUUGAGAAAAAAUAAAAACUCACUUGUGCAGACUGGAAACAUCUUGAGUGAUUUAUGUUUCGUUUAAUAACAAAUUAUAAGGACAAGAUAUGCGGUCUCAACAUAAAUUAUCUUUUUAACAUGAACUAUUGCCGGUUCAAACCAUUUUUCACUUGAGUUAAACGCUGAUUUUUUUGUUAUUUAUUUUUUACCUGUUAAUUAUCAGAUGGUUGAAUUUGAACCUCAUUUACUACAUCAUUAUGAACUAUAAUCGUAUUG